GAGAACCCUCCUGCUUGAUCUGGACACCUCAGCUGAUGGCCACUCCUCAACUCCAGGAUUUUUUUGGAGAGGCCUACCAUAUUUGCUUAGUGUGAGAACAAUCCACAAAAUCUACAUUUUAAAGAGAGGCAUAGCGUAUUUGCAUAGUAUUAACUAUAUUAUGUUACACAUUCGUGUGUAAAUAUAUAUCUACAAUAUUUUUAUUUUUCAAAGUUUUGAAUUUAGAAUGUGCCAUGAAAGUGAAUUGAUGGAAAGCUGUGUUCACCCGUACAGGUGGACAAAUAACUGCCCAAGUAUUCUCUGCUGUCUCAACUGCAGCCAUGAAAAUCAACUUGCGGCAAAAAGGUUGUUUUUAAGUUUUAAGGUUGUUUUUAUUUCAGCAAUUUAUGCUUGAAGAAGAUAAUAAGAUCUGCGGCUAUAAAUGAUAAAUGUUAUGUUUAUGUUUCAUAGUAAUGCAAACAAAAUUUUAUCACAACUUUAAUUUGUACAACUUGUUCCGAAGCAGCAGGGCCUCCCCUCUGGUACAAUCGUCAAUAGUUUGGUCCAGUCACUCCACUGUCAGUCAUAGUCUUAGUUUGGUAUGGGAAUGUGUUGGAUUUUAUGUUUUAAAGUAAAGAAAUACUUUGAAUUAUUGAACAAUGAAGAAUUUUGGAUUUUU